AUGGGAAUCACUGGGCUAUUGCCUCUCUUGAAAUCAAUCAUGCUUCCCGUACACAUCAAAGAUUUGAAGGGAUGCUCUGUAGCUGUUGACACCUAUUCGUGGCUCCACAAAGGGGCUCUUUCUUGCAGCAAAGAACUUUGCAAAGGCCUUCCAACCUCCAAGCACAUCCAGUACUGCAUGCACAGAGUAAACAUGCUACGACAUUAUGGUAUCAAGCCCAUCCUUGUGUUCGAUGGAGGUCUCUUACCCAUGAAGUCUGACCAAGAGAACAAACGUGCAAGGUCAAGGAAGGAGAACCUUUCCCGUGCGAUGGAGCAUGAGUCAAAUGGUAACAUGACUGCUGCUUAUGAAUGUUAUCAAAAAGCCGUUGAUAUAUCACCUUCAGUUGCAUAUGACCUGAUUCAGGUCUUGAAGCAGGAAAACGUAUCGUAUAUUGUGGCUCCUUACGAAGCAGAUGCUCAAAUGACCUACCUGGCAGUGAGCAAACAAGUUGAUGCAGUUAUAACAGAGGAUUCAGAUCUGAUCGCGUUUGGUUGCCCAAGAAUUAUCUAUAAAAUGGACAAGUUUGGACAAGGAGUUGAAUUUCGUGCUUCCAUGCUACAACAGAACAAAGAAUUGAUUCUCACUGGCUUUACGAAGCAGAUGAUCCUGGAGAUGUGCAUUUUGAGUGGAUGCGAUUAUCUGCAAUCGUUGCCAGGAAUGGGUCUCAAGAAAGCUCAUGCAUUGAUCAAGAAGUUCAAAAGUCAUGACAGGGUUUUGAAGCACUUGAAGUACUCUAGUGUGGCAGUAUCUCCACUCUAUGAAGAGUCUUUCAAGAAGGCAAUAUUAACUUUCCAGCAUCAACGAGUUUAUGAUCCAGUGGCAGAAGAAAUUGCCCAUAUCCUUGAGUUUUGUUAUCACUCCUUAAUUAUGCAAACAUCGAUUCCCCAAGACAUAGCUAGAGCUAUUGCAAAGGGUGACCUUGACCCUAUCACUAAAAUGCCAUUUGAGGGUGAACAUGAUUCUGCUGAGAUUGUGGACUUGGAAUCUUACGAAGAAAAAUAUUGCAAAGCUGAAGGUGCAAAGAAGAAGCUGGAUUUGCCUGCCCAGACAAACCUGUUAACUAACUACUUUUGUUCUGCUUCUAUUGAAGCAAAGAGGAAAUAUAGGGCCCCGCGAGUGUCACCUAAGAUUCAAAACACAGACAACGGAAUCCCUAAUGCAGAGACUGAUUUUGGUGGGAACAUGAACUCCACCGCAGUAGUCACAGAAUCCGUACUGUGCUUAACUGCUUUGGAGGCUUCUGAAGUACCACAGCCACAAACAGGAGCAGACGAAGUGGAAGAAAAUGAGGACAGAGAAACACACUGUGACAUUUUACAGGAUCCCAUCUAUAAACCUUGUGCAGGGCUCCAUAAGAAGAAACACACCUCAGAUCCAAGUCAGAGCAAACUUAUAAGCAUGACUGUAAGGAGAUCAUAUAUUCUGCCUCAGCCAACAAAUACAUUGAAUGGCGUUCAAGAAACAGAUAUGGUUGCUAGUGAUAGGGAUGCUGUGAGUGACAGAUGUGCAACAAGGCUUGCAUCAGUUUAUAGUGACAGAAAAUCAAGCACUGUGAACAAGAAUGUGGUUGUAAGAAGUCGUUAUUUUCAAGGCAAAUCCACCAAGGGAAGAAUUGGCAAGAAUGAAAACCAAUUAGUUGAUGGAAUUGUUGCACCUCGUGACAAGAAUUUAUCUAGCCCGGAUGAAAUUCAAAAUGUAUCCACCAAAGAUGAGGGCAAUUCAAUGGAUAGGGAUCACUAUUUUCAGGAACAUUCAGUUGUCAAACUCCAAAACUUUACAGUUGAGGAUGGCACAGCUACAAAUAUUGAUAAAUAUGCCAUUCCUAGGAUCUCUGCAGAUAACAGUUGUCUUGAGGAAGCAAGAAAAAGGAGAAAGGUGGCAUCCACUGACGAUGAAGCAGAAGAUUCCAGGGAAAAUUCGACAGCAGAUUAUACUUCUGAGUUUGGCAACGCAACUUGCGAGAUGAAGGAGCAAGAAGAAAAAUUCGGGUGUAACAUCUCUCACAUUGGACAUUAUUCUGAAAUAGCCGAGAAAUCUCUUGAAAAGUUUGUUUCAGUGAUUUCAUCAUUUAAAUUCACAUCAAAUGGUUCCCGUGCUAGUGGUCUCCGGGCUCCUCUCAAAGAUGUAAAGAACACAUGUAGUAACAGGUCAUCCAGCAACAUGGAUCUCAGCAGAUUUGCAUAUGCACCAAGGACAAAGGGUUCAUCAGCUUCCCGUAGAAAGGUUAAGGUGAUCGAUCCAGUACUGAUGACAACUGAAUUGCCAUCAAACGAUACAAUCGUUUGUAUAGCCCUCUUCCCUUGUUCAUUCACUGGGGAUGUAAUCAGGAAAUUUCAUAGCCAAUCUACCACCGGGGCAACCAGUGAGUUGGACAAAUGGAUUUUGUUGAUGUGCUGGAAUUCCGAACCUGUUGGUAUUUGUUGUACAUUGAAAUGA